AUGGCCGCUGCUGCACGUGCAACUAGAAUUCGUUCUGUUUGUGACAUUCAAGAGAAAUUCCGCCAUGGAAUCUACGAGUUCCCCAAGCUAGUCUCAACAACAGACAAAAUGCUCCGGGCAGCAACAACUCUCAAUUUCCCCGUCUACGUAACCACCCAGAACCGCUCCAAACUCGGUAACACGGUUCCAGAACUCCUUCACCAUCUACAAGGCCCGAAUACCAAAGCCGAUGUCGACAAGACACUCUUCUCGAUGAUUACACCGGAGAUUGCAACCCUCUUACCGUCUGAUCCGGCUGCACUUGAUGCUAUUAUUGUGGGCAUUGAGACACAUAUCUGUGUUACGCAGACCACCCUAGAUCUCCUGGCGAAUGGUUAUAGGGUUUAUAUCCUUGUGGAUGGGGUGAGUAGUAUCAAUCAGGAGGAGAGGAAGAUUGCGUUGGAUCGCCUGCGGGAUGCUGGGGCCAUUAUAACCAGUAGUGAGAGCUUGUUAUUCGAGAUCCUGGGGGAUGCGAAGCAUGAGAGUUUCCGGACUAUCAGUGGGAUUGUGAAGGAGACCAAGGAGGCGACCAAGGGAGCUUUGGAGGUUUUUUCGAAGAUCUAG